ACACUCUCCCGGCUAUUACCAUCUCUUGCUCACUUCUUUAUCAACAUACCGGACAGAUAACGGUAGAACUGCGCCAUUGUACAUCUCCAUAAUGCUUCUCGACGCGCAGUAUCAAUCCAACCGUACACCACCAUGCAACAACCCGCAGCCGCCGAUGAAUCGUUCAUCGUUCGUGGCCCUCCAGCACCGGCUGAUCUUACGCUAGGUGCCCAUUCACUCGGUCAACUGUUUCUCAAAGUUUUGCAGAAAACUCCACACAGCGUUGCGCUUGUCGAUGGAGUUACGGGUAGGGAGUAUUCGUAUCAAGAGGUGCUGCAAAUUGCCCUACAACUGGCUGCCUAUUUGCACGAUCACAACAUUCAACGCGGUGAUGUAGUGGCAAUUGUGGCCGAGAACCGGUACGAGUACCCGGUCACGGUGAUUGCCCUGUUCCUGGUUGGGGCGACCGUUGCACUGUUCAAUCCCAACUACACUACACGUGAACUGGUGCAUGCCCUAAAUGUUGCCCGUCCGAAGCUUGUGUUUGUUUCAUCGUUAGCGAGAGGAUCGCUGCUGAAGGCGAGUCAAACGGUCAAACAGCCGCUGUUAAACGUUAUCUCCUACGAUGCACUCGAACGCGGCACCAGCUUUGCGCACUGUUUACAGCGAUCAAGCAAACGGUUCACAGUCGCGUCUAUUCAGCCCAUGUCGGUAGAGAUAGCCGAGGAAGUGGCAAUCAUCGUCAUGUCUUCCGGUACGACAGGCCUACCGAAGGGUGUACUCAUCACGCACCGGAACGUUAUGGCUACGAUGGCUAACGUGCGGGAUGCACUGGACAAGGGACUGUCACUGCACUGCAGUCUCGAUGUGCUACCCUGGUUCCAUGUAGCCGGUGGUAUCUCCAUGCUCAGCUGGCUAGGUGCUAAUCUCACCGUGGUGUAUCUGCCCCGGUUCGAGCCACGGACCUACCUUCGCUGUAUCGAGCGGUACCGUCCAAGCUUCCUGAACAUGGUGCCCCCAAUCGUGGUCUUUCUGGCGAAGCAUCCGGCCGUGCUCGAGUAUGAUCUGACAUCGGUGCAAACAAUCGCCUGUGGAGCGGCCCCGCUGAGCCGGGAAGUAGAGCAGCUGAUCAACGAGCGGUUACCGGGCAUCCGCAUCCGCCAGGGCUAUGGGAUGAGCGAGACUACGCAAGCGAUCACGUUCUACGAUCGCGACACACUUAAGCCGGGCAGCAUUGGCACGGUGCGUGCUGGUCAAAUGGGUAAGGUGGUGGACGUUGAGACGGGACGCGCCCUCGGUCCAAACCAGCAGGGUGAGCUGUGCUUUAAGGGUUCUUUAAUCAUGAAGGGCUACAUCGGAGCCGAGCGUGUUAUCGACGCGGACGGUUGGCUGCACACCGGCGACAUCGGGUACUACGAUAGCGAUGGAGACUUUUUCAUCGUCGAUAGGCUGAAGGAGCUGAUCAAAUACAAAGCGUUUCAGGUGCCACCGGCCGAACUGGAGGCCGUGCUGCUAACGAACCCGGGCGUCAAGGAUUGUGCCGUCGUUGGAAAAGCCGACGAGCGUGCGGGUGAGCUGCCGCUUGCAUUUGUGGUACCGACUGAGGGUAUACCAGUAACUGAAGAACAGCUUAUUCAAUAUGUUGACGAAAGGGUUUCAAAUGAGAAACGGCUUCGUGGUGGUGUACGCUUCGUAGAAGAGAUCCCGAAGACGGCGAGUGGUAAAAUUUUGAGGCGCACGUUGCGUGAGUUGACAAAUCAACGAGCAAAGCUGUGAAGCUAUUACUUCAUUACGUUACAUUUGAAUACUGUAUCAAUUGAUGAUUUCCGUGAAAAAAAUUAUUCAAAUGACGCUAGUUUAUUAUUGCUGGAAAAUGCACACAAAAUCGAUGCCUGUUUAGUCGCGUAGUCGCGUAGUGGUGACAAACCAAUCAAUGUGUCACCAGACAGGUAUAUCUAAUUAAGCUGGCCUUGAUAUUAUUGCUAUUAGUAAAAGAAUAUUUUCAAACUGAA